UGUGCACCGUCAGGAAAAGGAGUUUGUCAAAGACAAACACAAGAGCGAUAAGCAGAACUUAGUUCUUUGAAACUAUAGUGUGACAAAUGGUUAGUGGAUAGUUACACUACAGUACAGUAUAUUGCGAGGAACUAUUGCAUAGCCUAUAUACAGGUUUGCAACAUAUCAGACAUGGAUAAGCGAAAAAAAGGCUCCAAUUCUACACAAAAAGCGAAAAAGAGUAAAGUUACUGAAGAAAGCAGUUUUGAUGCCCAGUUUGCGUACCUUAAGGACGACGUGGAUCCAGCUCCAGAGGUUUAUACGAAGAAACCGGUUCAGCCGACAGAAGUAAAACCUGGUCAACUAACUCCUAAACAAGUGGACGAAUACUUCGAUAAAGGUUUUCUGUUGGUCAAAGACUUUUUUAAACCGGAACGUUUGAACAAAGUAAGAAAAGCAGUCGACCAGCUAGUGGACGAACUUGUAAACAAAUUAUACGAUGCUGGAAAAAUUAAAGAUAAACAUGCCGACAAGGACUUUUUUACCAGACUAAGUUACAUAGAGAAGCAGUUCAAAGGCACCAGUGUAAUUCUACAUAAACGGGGAGUUUUACAUGACGAGUUCAAGGCUCUCUGGAGUGACGACAAACUAUUAAAUGUGGUCGAACAGCUCAUUGGGCCUGAUAUAGCCGGUCACCCCGUAUGGAACUUGCGAACAAAGACACCACAUAACGAGCAAGCCACCGUACCAUGGCACCAAGAUAACGCUUACUUGGAACCACGAAGUUUAGAAGUACACCAGCUGACUGCUUGGAUUCCUCUGGUUGAUGCAAAUAUGGUCAACGGUUGCAUGCAGUUGGCUACCGGUGGCCACAGAGCAGGAAAGACAUUGAAACACACAUGCUGUGCUGGUGGGACAUGGUACGUGGAGAUGCAAGAGAAAGACUUGGACCAGCUAGGGGUCGAUGCCAGCAAAGAUAUUGUCACAUGUGAGGUUCCUUAUGGUGGUGUCCUGUUCCUCAACAAUGCAAUUCCACAUCAGAGCUUGGAAAACUUAUCCGAUAUUAUUCGGUGGAGUUUAGAUCUAAGGUGGCAGAGACCGGACAAGCCAAAUGGUUUCUAUGGUAUUAAGGAUUGCGUCGUGAUGAGAAAAAAAGAUGAUCCGAAAUAUGUUAUUGACUGGAGCGAGUUGUCGGGAUGCUGUAGAAGUCAACUACAAAUGAAGAAAGUGGAUGAGGAUGAUACGGAUCUUCACCCAGAAAUCGCAGGGCCAUGGAUGAAACGGUGGGACAUUGUGCAUCAUAAUCGUCAUACUGAGCUCUUGAAUCAUCACAAAGAUACAUAUACUAGUUGGCACAAAGCAUAACAUCAACAUUUUGUCUAAAAUAGUUAACGUUUUAACACGUUGCUUGAAAAUAAAAAUGUAGUUAUAUAAAAUAAAUAAUUCGGUGUAAAUAUUAAUUUCCGAACCUUGCUAAUUUCUAUAGUAACACCUUUCACUUCGUCAUUUGUCAAGAAAGGUAAUUGCGACUCUUUGUGCAAAUAAAGAGAUCAUAGGCU